AUGUCGUGUAACAAAGAACAUGUCCUUGCGCAUCACAGAUCCGCGUCGAGCGAAGUCCAUCAAGAUGAAAAAGGCAGCCAUCCGUCCAGAACUUCAAAGCUCGACCCGCCCGACGGCGGAUAUGGAUGGUGGAUUUGUGGCGCCUGUACCCUCAUCUGUAUGAUGACUUGGGGCGUCAACGCAUCAUAUGCAGUCUAUCUGGCCCAUUAUACUGCUCCAGGCGCGACAUACUUCAAGAAUAUUACCACGCUUCAGUACACAUUCGUGGGAGGCGUUUCAGUGGGCAUGGCACUGAUUGUCAGUCCGCUUGCUACCGUCAUUUGUGAACUCACCGGUAACAUCAAGAUACCCAUGGCUAUCGGUCUUGUGAUGGAGUCUCUAGGGUACCUCUGUGCUAGCUUUGCUUCCGAGUUCUGGCACUUGUUUCUCGCACAAGGCAUUCUUUUCGGCGCAGGUAUGGGCUUGCUCUUCUCUCCUUCUGUCCAGCUACCUGCAUUGUGGUUCUCCAAGAAGCGUGCACUUGCAAGCGGGAUUUGUGCCGGUGGCUCUGGUCUCGGUGGCGUGAUCUUCUUGCUCUCAACAAACGCUUCCAUUUCAAGUCUUGGCUUGGCGUGGACAUUUCGCUUAACUGCACUCAUCACGUUCGUUUGUAACACGGUCGCCGUCUGCUUGCUGCGUGAACUCAAUCCACGCGCUUCAGCAAACAUGACUUUUGCUCAACGAAAAGAGCAUGUCAUGAGUCAGGUAUGGGACACCAAAGUUUUCAAAAUUCGCGGCUACGCUUGGAUGCUCGCGUGGGGUGUCUUUUCGCUCCUAGGUUAUGUGACGAUUCAAUUCACCAUUGCAAAGUUUGUUGUCUCUGGUCUAGGUCAAUCCCAAGCACGCGGGUCUCAGAUUGCCGCCUUACUAUCUGCUGGCAUGGCUAUUGGUCGACCCAUCGUUGGAUGGAUUGCCGACCUAGGUGGGCGCCUCAAUAUGGCUGCCGUCUUCACUUUGUGCUGUUCGUUCUCGAUAUUUUUUAUUUGGAUGUUUGCAGAGAGCUAUGGCGUUAUGGUCUUUUUCGCGCUGCUAAAUGGCUGUAUCGCAGGGACAUUUUGGUCAUCUGUGAUUCCAGUCUCGGUUGAGAUUGUCGGCAUCAAGAAUCUGGGUGUUGCGUCCACGGGCGUCUGGCUCCUCAUGUCUGUGCCGACCAUUUUUGCUACAACGAUCGCUUUGGAGAUCGUCGGGUCCUCAGGUGACUACAAACGACUUAUUCUUUAUGCUGGAGCAUGCUACGCGAUUGCUGCCUUCCUGCUGCUCCCCGCAAAAUUCGCUAAACAGGAGAGAGUCCUGGGUCGUGAGUACAAGUAUAAGCUCUGGGUCAAAACGUAA